AUGAGCCCAAUGUCAAUAAGCAGGAAGCGUAAAACCCACCCAAGAGUGGGCGACGUUCGCAACUAUAUAGCCGCAGUCAACGACGAGCACACAAGGAAGAGGGUCAAGAGGGAGGACGACGGAGGCUCACGGCCCAUAGCCACCAUCCCAUCAGGCACGAGACGUGCCCGCGAAUUACCCCUGACCUCUAUCCGAGCAUUCUGCGAGCCUCACAACCGUCAUUUGGAACCCCGGGAGAUCGCUAUCCUUCAAGGCCUACAAACCGCAAUAGACAGAGCUAUGGCCGGCGCCGGCGAAUCGUUGAAUAUCACGACCAACAUACCCAAAUCCAUCUAUCUCAGCGCGCAACAAAGGAGAACACUCAGGAUAGCACAAGAAGUGAUGGAAAGGGCGAAUUUCAAGAAGAGAAAGGAGAGACAUGAAGUCAGGGCAAUUGCUAUCAAAAAUCCUGGUUCAUCUCCUCAGCAGAUCGACGCUCGUUCUUCACAGAAUGAUGCUGGCUGGAGUGUUCUCACAUUGCCGGUCUUGCACGCUGCUGAGACGCUGGAGACAGCGCUUUUCGCAAAAGCUAUGCUGAGGGAGGUUAACAGGCUACUGGCAGAGAAAGAGGGGUUGAAAGUGAGGGUCUCGCUUGCGUGGAGUGAUCGUGAGACGUCGGGUUGGAAGUUGAGGGAUGAGGGAGAUGAGAAAUGA